GCGCCCGCGUCUGCCAGCGUCUAUCCAUUGAAAUUUGGCUCUGUCUCUCUCUCACACACACACACACACAUACACACAUACACACGGACAACGAUGCAGAGUAGGAGGGUCAAGCAGAGCUAUGUGAUGGGGCUGACUUUAUAGAGGGAUAUCUACAGGCACUUUCAAUAGAGACCGAACAGCCUCGGUGUCGCAGUCCGUUGGCGGAUGUUAAACUGAACCACGAGCUUUAACUGAUAGCUGCGGUCUGUUUCUAACUGUCUGUACUGCUAGUGGAUUUAUCUAUUCGACAUUGUUUGAUUAAAUGCGGUUAUUUCUUCUUCAAGGAACAAUUCAGAGCACUACACGGAUGACCUUACCUUCGCAUUAUAAUGGGAGCGCAUUGUUUCCGAAGUUGGACUAUAGUGAAGUAGCACCAAUUUAAAUAUUUAGGUGCUGCCUGUGCGACCUUUCGUCCAUUUUGUCUUUACGCUAAACAGUUUUCAUUACUUCCGUGGGUUUUAAGCUGGUGCCCGUUAAAUACUCUUGUGAAGGAGAAGAAGAAGAAGAAGAAAAAAAAACUGAUUCAGCGAAGAAUGGGACAUUAUCGGAUGAAGUUUCAACAUUGAGCUACGUUGUGCGGGACAACUUUGAACAAAUGCUACCUGAUCGUCACAUCGUUCUCAUGAAUGAUGAGCAUACAGAAACCCAUGAAGACUACACAGCUUCUUACAUGAGUUACAGCUGUGAUCCCUCAAGACCAUUCAUGCGAGCGUUUGUGGGGCUGAAGCCAUGCUGAUCUUCAGUGCCGGAUGGUGGAGUGUGGUCUUGCACCAGAGCCUGUGCUGCUGAAGCCUUGUGCUGCUCCCCCAUGGCUCUAUGGGAGCUGCUGUUGCUGACUUUCAGCCUUCGCUGCUGGCUGACAAGCUCUGCCAGUUUAGCUGAAGAAGGCCCUGCAGGUCCCCUGGACUGGCUUCUUUCUGACAAGGGCCCAUUUCACCACUCACAAGAGUACACUGAAUUUGUGGAGAGAAACCGUCAGGGAUUUUCCACGAGAUACAAGAUCUACAGGGAAUUUGGCCGGUGGAAGGUGAAUAACUUGGCUGUAGAGCGACGGGAUUUCCUGAACUCCCCUUUGCCUCUCACCCCGGAGUUUAUAAGAAACAUUCGACUCCUGGGACGCAGACCCACUGCCCAGCUAAUUACUGACAACCUGAUCAAGAAAUAUGGGACCCAUUUUCUACUGUCAGCUACACUAGGAGGAGAGGAGGCUCUGACUAUAUUUGUGGACAAGAGGAAGUUGAGUAAGAAAGCAGAGGCGAGCGACUACACCAGUAACAGCACGGCUGUGACUCUGGAGGCCCUGCACCAGCUGGCUGCCUCCUAUUUCAUAGACAGGGAGAGUACUCUGCGAAAACUGCAUCACAUCCAGAUUGCUUCCACUGCCAUCAAGGUAACUGAAACAAGGACUGGCCCUCUCGGCUGCAGUAACUAUGACAACCUUGAUUCUGUCAGUUCUGUGCUGGUUCAGAGUCCCGAGAACAAAGUCCAUUUGCAAGGCUUGCAGGUCAUUUUGCCUGAUUAUCUCAGAGACACUUUCGUCCAAGCAGCUCUUAGUUACAUUGCCUGCAAUGGAGAGGGAACUUUUGUCUGUCGAGACAAUGACUGCUGGUGCAAAUGUGACUCCAAGUUCCCAGAGUGCAACUGCCCCUACAUGGAUAUUCAGGCCAUGGAGGAAAGCCUUUUGCGAAUCUCUGAAUCAUGGGCUCUUACCUACAAAGAGUUUGAAGAUUCAGAUGAGUUCAAAACAUUUCUGAUGAGGCUGCCGCAGAAUUUCUUCCUCAACUCCUCGAUGAUCCAACAUUUGUGGUCGCUGGAUGGUGUAUUUCAGCGGCGCUAUGAGCAGCUGGAAAGCAGCAUGAAAAGUCUCUUCAAGCGAGCCCAGCGAGUCGUUUACAAGCUCUUCAGCCUCAGCAAGAGGUGCCAAAAGCAGCCCCACAUCAACUUACCGCGUGAAAGGCCACAGUCGUAUUGGCUGAACUACUUCCAGUCUUUAUUAUACUGCUCAGAGAACAACCAGCUAGGAUCCUUCUCAGAAGAACUGCACACCUGCAUUUGUGCAUAUGACCACAGCUCCUGCCAGGUACCCACACCAUGCUCUGUGGGUGAAGGUGCCGCCUGCGCUGCUUGUGCUAACGACAACCACACUCGCUGCGGCAGUUGCAACGUUGGCUACAUGUUAAGUCAAGGGACCUGUCGACCAAUGGUGGCAGAUUCUACCGAGAACUACCUGGGCUUUGAGACUGAUCUUCAAGAUCUGGAGCUACGCUACCUCCUACAGAGAGCUGAUCGACGUUUGGAGGUCCACGCUAUCUUCAUCAGCAACGAUAUGCGGCUGAAUAGCUGGUUUGAUCCGUCAUGGAGGAAGAGGAUGCUGCUUACACUAAAGAGUAACAAAUACAAAUCCAACCUGGUCCAUAUGCUCUUAGGCAUCUCCCUUCAAAUUUGCCUUACAAAAAACAGCACUCUGGAACCUGCGCUCACGCUCUUCAUCAAUCCCUUCGGAGGGAGCCACUCAGAAAGCUGGUUAAUUCCUGUGAAUGAGAACAGUUUUCCAGACUGGAAGUCUGCUAAGCUGGACCUUCCACUAGAAUGCUUUAACUGGACCUUGACUUUGGGCAACAAGUGGAAGACCUUCUUUGAGACCAUCCACAUUUACCUGAGGAGCCGCAUCAAAACUCCAGGCACUGGGGCCAAUGACAGCAUUUACCUGGAGCCUUUGGAAAUGGCCGACCCUACUAGAAAUCUGGGGUAUAUGAAGAUCAACAGCAUUCAGGUGUUCGGUUACAGUAUGCAUUUCGACCCGGAAGCAAUCCGGGACUUGAUCCUGCAGCUGGACUACCCGUACACGCAGGGCUCGCAGGACUCGGCCUUGCUCCAGCUGCUGGAGAUCCGGGACCGGGUCAACCGACUCUCUCCACCAGGCCAACAACCUCUGGACCUGUUCUCCUGCUUAUUACGGCACCGUCUCAAACUGACAGCUAAUGAGGUGUUGCGCAUUCAUGCCUCGCUCCAGUCCUUCAAUGCCCGUCUCCCCAAUUCUCUGGAUUAUGAGACCACUAAACUCUGUAGCUAACGGCUAAAGCAUCACAGCAGACAGCAAUAGAACAACUGUAAAAAUGUUAAAGUCAAAGCUGCAAUGACUUUCUGUGAUAGAGACACUUUUGGACACUGAUGACAAGUUUUUUUUUUGUGACUUUACUUUCACUAGUAGAUCAUCUUGCUCAAAACAGACUCAUUUUUAUUGUAUAGUACACUGAGUUCAAAGAAGAAAGAGAUUUUAAAAAUAUAUGGAGUGUUUGUUUGUAAUUUUUAUAUGUUUUUUUUUUUUUUCUUUUGCUUCAGUGACAGUGCACUUUCCUUGGAAAGAAUACAGUGAUGUCAGUCAAUUUUGUAGAUAAAUUGUUAUUAAAACAUCAUGGUUGUAAUGGAGUAAUGGUUGCAUUAUUUAUCAGCAUAUUUUUAUUGCUAUGUGACAGUUUAGUUUAUUGGAAAAUGAAACACAUUUUAUAUUUGCAAUUGAGUGCACUUAAUGAGGAAUUAAAUACAUUGAACUUUGACUUACAACUUUGAUAAAAUAAUAAUGAAACAGUUUUAUUGACAUAAUUAUAUUAUAUGCUUGUUAGGUUCAUGUUAAUUUAUUUUUAUUCACAUCUCAUUGGAAGAGAGAGUGUAUUUUUUUUUUUUCAUUACUAAAAGCAUUACAAAGUCCUGUACAUUAUUGGUGCAUUGGAGUAUUAUGAUUUACUUAUAUUUCUAUGCUGAUGUUACAUGUGUCCCCUCUAUUAAUGAUCAUUCUGAACCACACUGGCACAGUUAUUCCAGGCUUAUAAGCCAAACCAAAGUUUUUUUCUCUCUCCAGUUAGUCAUAAUUGAAGGCACAAGGGAUGAUUUAAUAAUGUAAAGGGGUCUGUGAAUAUAAUAUUGAAAAAAGUUGAAUGGCGCCACAUAUAUGCAAUGAUUUGAGCUGAAUGUUUUCUAUUGAUAUUCUUGAUUCAUCUAAACAUUGUUUAUUUUCAGUAUUUGCAAUUCAGGGUUUGUAUUUGUCUAAUCAUGUUUUUAUUAUUUAUUUAUUUAUUUUUCCAUUCACAUCUUUCCUUUGAACAUUGGUUUAUUUUAACCACACACUUUGUUACAUUAGAACAAAGCAGUUUCUCUGAUCCAUAAAAUAUAUAUGAUUACAAAUUAGCCUUAUACUAGAAUGUAACACUGAUGCCAAAAUGGGAUAAAGAUUGUGGAAUCCAGUGUGCCUUUGUGAAAACACAGUAUACAGUUUUGCUUUACUUAUUUUGUGCAUAUCAGUAUAUAAUGCAUAUUUUUAGCUGUUCAUGCUUGUCAGAGAUUGAUUUUUUUUCACCAGCUAUUUCUCUCUUUUUUCUUGCAUUACAGUACAUUAAUUUAGACAGUGUGAAUGCUAAUUAGUUAGAAUCAACACAUGAUGACAGAUUACGUUAAUGCCAACAAAAAAAGUGUCAAUAGCCUCUUCAUAAUCUGUGUUUGCACCUUUUACCUAGAACUAGCACAAUAAAUAAAAUG